AUGGCCACGCUGAGUGUGAAGCCAGGGCAGAGGUUCACCUUGCCGAACUGGCAUGCCAACUCUGAGCUCAUCUCAGCUAAUGCUGAACGCCAGCGUUCUGCUUCCCACUGCGUCCGACAGGAAGUCCGGAUUCUCCACAAUGAAACCAACAACCAGACAAAAUGGGAUGAGAAUGACAAUCGAACCCGCCUGGCUGAACGCAUCAGCAGUGUGAACAGAUGGAAAGAGACCCUGGACAAAUGCCUCACAGACGUAGAUGCGGAAAUUGAUGCCUUAGCCAAAGUGAAGGAAGCAGUUGAACAUGCCCUCCAGGCAAAGAACUUGCCUUUGGAUGUUGCCAUAGAGUGCCUGACACUCCGUGAGAGCCGCCGCGCCAUUGAUGUUGUGAGGGACCCUGUGGAGGAGGAGCUGCACAAGGAGGUGGAGGUGAUAGAAAAGGCCAAGAGAGACCUACAGCAGAGAGUGAACGAAGCCUUUGAACAGCUCUGCCUUUUACAGGAAGCUCGCCAGCAGCUGAGCUAUGAUCACCGGGGCAAGAUGGAAACGUUGGAAAUAGAUCGAGUGUGCUUAUCCCUCAAUGUGAACUCUCCCAACAUCUCCUUCAAGGUCAAUCCAACACGGAUCCCAGGCAGAUCAACUUCACUUCAGGAGUGGGAUGAUUAUAGCCAGCGCAACAAGGACCGUGCUGAGGCUGAAAUGAAAGCCUCAAAUGAGCUUCGGGAAGCAAUAGCACUUGCCAUUGCCCAGACAAACAACGAGCUGGAGGCUCAGCGUGUAGCCACGGAGUUUGCCUUGCGCAAGAGGAUUCGAGACUUGGAAAAAGCCUAUGAUGAGUUGAAAUGGCAGGAGAAGAAUACCUUGGAGGAAAUUGCUGAAAUGGAAGAGGACAUCCGACGUUUGGAAGAUGAUCUUCGGAGGAAAAUGCAAGACCUGAAACUGGCACACACUCGCCUGGAGACCCGCACGUAUCGGCCCAAUGUGGAGCUGUGUCGGGAUCAGGUCCAGUACGGGCUGACAGAUGAGAUUCAGCAGCUGGAGGGAACAAUCAGUGCCCUGAAGCAGAAGCUAGCGCAGUCACAGGAUGCCUUGGAUGCUCUCUACAGACAGCUCUACCAUAUCCAGACAGAUAUUGGCUGCAAAGCUAAUUCCCUCGUGCUGGACAACAAGUGCAUGGAUAGCCGGAGAAAGCUCACAGUUCCUGCCGAGAAAUUUGUGCCAGAGGUUGACACCUUCAACCGGACCACAAACCGUAUGCUCUCCGCACUGAAGAGCAAGCAAUUGGAGUUGGUUUAAUGCACUCUGGUGUGUUGUGCAACGAGCUUCACUGAAGAGAAAGCUACCAGUGACUCAGUUACGUAGCAAGAAAAAUGGACAUCUGUGUCAUGUUAGGAUAAUGUAAUUCUGAUCCCUCCCCCUAGUUUGUUAUAUAACUGUCUGUCCCCUUGUAUGCUGUAUAGCCUCUUGCACUCUGAAGAGCAUUAUAAACAAUAAAGAGU